CUUAGACUAACUAGCUAGACUGGUUGUUAAUCAUGUCUGAGCAUGAACAUGAAACGCCAGGACUUGAAAUUGAAGAGCAACAUGCUCAAGAAGAUGAAAUAGUAAUUGAUAACGAAGGGGCAUUAAAUGAAACUUCCGGUCUCAAAAUUGAGGAGGAAAACGCACAAAAGGAAGUAAACGGUUCUGUAGACUCAGUGAAUGAACCAAAUACGAGUGCAGGGUCUCUAGAAAUCAGCAAUGCCACAGAGAAAGAGCAGAGCCACCCUGUCGAAGAGGUGUGCACGUCCACUUUUAUAACCUCUGGUGAGAGCGCAGCCGAAAUAACAGUUCAAGAGGAUUUUCCCGAAGAGAGUGGUGAAGAUGAAGCCAUUGACAAGAAAGCUAAUGCUUCCACUGAUGUUAAAAACUAUACAGCUACGGUAAAGGUUAUGCUGAUGCCAGAAGGCAAUAUGAUGACCAUGGCCUUUGCCAUUGGACUCAGCAUCAAAGACCUGAAGCGUCACUUUGCAAACCAGUUGAAAGUCCCUUCAGAAGUAAUUCAGAUCUCGCUGGAAGGCAGAGUAGUAAAGGAGCACAGGACCCUGAUGGACCUGGGAGUCCAGCCUCAUGGAACCAUCCAGCUGGAAAUGUUCUCCACAGACCCAGAGUACCACCCUAUCCGCCCAGUCAAGCCCCAGCAGGAGUACAACAUGCCUGAUGUCAUCACUGUCAGAGUGCAGACAGACACAAUGGCGUACCAGGAUGUGGUGGUGGAGAUUGAGAGAGCCACCCGUAGGACAGCCUUCCUGGGGGGCUACAGACACAAGGCUGCAGGUACUGAGUACCACCAUGCCGCCGUGCAGACCAUGGCCAGGAGAAAACCUGACACAGGAGUGGAGACCUUCAGUCGGGACACACAGACCAUGUCCAUGAGGAGCCAGGGACAGCAGUGCUCCAACAGCACCUCCACCCAGAUGACGAAGAUCGGCUGCUACAUCUCCAACGCCGAGGACAAGCUCCUGGCCCCGGGCCCCUACGUCACAGCAGACCAGUACCACGCCAGGAGACUCCAAGCCGUGCUCACCCUGCAGACGUACGCGCGGCGCUGGCAGGCCUGGCGCCUGACAGACAUGCUGCGUCAGGACCGGGAGCUGCGGCUGGCCUGGGUGGAGCGCGAGGAGCGCAGGAAGACGGAGGAGAAGGAGGAGCAGGUCCGGGGGGAGCACAGGCGCAGGAUGAACCCCCAGAACAAGGCGGACUUCGCCCUGCUCUACAACGCGCUGGAAAAAUGGCGACGUGAGGAGGUGGAAGAAAUCGAUGCCAUGCUGACGGGAGCAGAGCGGAAGGCCGCACUGUGCGCCCUGCUGGAGAAGGAGACGCAACUCAUCGCAUCCAUCGGACGCCACCGCAUCGCCGCCAGCGAGAAGAACCACGACAAGGCCGUUCAGGCCUUCCUGGACAAGUGUGCCGCCCCUAAAAGAUGGCGGGCGUUCGACGGGAGGAUGACCCAGAUGGACACCCCGUUUACCGUCCGAGCCAAGGAGCUGAGGGACCUGUACACCAGCAUUAACCUGACCUACCUGAACCAGGAGGAGAGGCUGGACGUGCUGCUCACUCUCAAGCACACCGUCAAGGAGCACGAGUGUAAGCUGACCAAGGACAUAGUGGAGUUGAUUGACAGGGAGGCAGACCUAUUGAUGAGGGGGGUGAAGGAGACCAACCUGGAGGGCUUGAGGAAGAGAAUAUCCACCCUCGUCCUCCAGUACAUCAAAACCCCGACCUUUAACCCUGAGGUGGCGAAGAUACUGAAGGUACCUCAGGACCCCACCCAGCUCCAGAAGAACAUCUACUUCUGUGGCGGCUGCAGCCGCUACCUGCUGUCCACCGACUUCUCCCUGACGGCCAACGCCCGCUCAGUGGGCCAGUGCCGGCGCUGCAUGGAGCUGGACAACGAGGCCCGCCGCCGGGAGGACUUCUCCCACUACAGGACCAUCCUCCACAGGCUCCGCAAGGCCGAGGCGCUCGCCAGCGGGGACACGGCCAAGAUCACCUAUCUGCUGCAGGAGCAGGAUCUACAGUACUUGGUGGAUGUGGUCUGGGGCGCCAAGUCGGCACUGAGCGCGUGCAGUGACCUCCAUGACCUGGUGAUGGUGAGGUGGGACCGUGUGUGGGAGUGGAGUCCCUGGAACUGUGUCCUGCUCGCCAAGGACGAGGCGUCAGCACACCUCAAAGUGGAGAACCUUGAUCAGGCCUACAGAGUGGUUUUCAUUCGCAGUGUCAAACACAAACACACUCUGGCCAAGAAGUAUUUCUCCCAGAUCCCCAUCAUGGCCCAGUACCUCCAGGAUGUCGACUCACAAUCCGCCGCCCACUGCAACCUGCUGGUGGCCAGGCCCAUCGCCACGGUGACUGCUCGGACUCUGAUAAACACCUCAAAGACCUGAGGUGGCAGCGUUAAACCAUAGGGAUCUCCCUCACCACUAUCCUUCACUUCUCUCAUUCUCUUCUCUUCUCCUUUCAAAACCAUCCUCUAUUAAAUAACAGAUUUGACUGUUAUGUAAGGGGUUAUUAUUAUUUCCACACAGCAGUGUCGUUUCAUGAAUGUACUGUAGUAGGUGCCGAUCAACUGCAAUAAUAAUAAUUUAUGAUAAUGGAACAACAAGUAGUUAAACAGUCAAUUUGCUAACCCUAAGAAAUUUGAAAGAUUGCGUUUGUGUGUUGGUAGGUGUGUGCUUGAGACUCGUCUAUAUCGUACAAUGGGUUUGACUUGUUCAAAACAUAGUGUGUUAUUAAAUAGUGUGUUAUUAAAUAGUGGAUCAUUAAAACCUUGCAGACUUUUUUCAAUGGAGCAUGUUUGAUGUACCGGUAGCUCAAUUUCAGCUCAAAUAAAACUCACACGUUUUGCGAUUUAAUAGACCAAUAAAGGGAAUAAUACAAUUGCAUUUAUUAUAUAAUUAGCCACCUUUGUCCCUUCAUAGAGAAAUAACUAUUGUGCGAUAU